AUGGGUGUAUUUUCAGCAAAGCAACGCGACCAAGAUCAAAUUGGUCGGGCUUUAUGCAGUAUGUGUUCUCAAAUAACCGGCAUACGAUCGACUCCAAAGUCUGAAGUCCUUCUUCUACCAAUCAUUGAUCUAAAUCCUUCUGAUGAAUCCUGUAUUUACUCAACUUUAGUUUAUAUUGAAGAUCAAGCUGAGAAAUUGGAUAUACCAACACCAUGCAUCACAUUUGAUCAACCUUUGUGGCUCAAAGCAACCGAUAUCAUCAAAGCAAAAUCAAUGAAAAUAGUUUUCAGACUUGGAGGCUGUCACACGAUGAUGAGCUUUAUGGGUGGAAUUGGCUCUAUGAUGAAAUGCUCUUGGCUAAAGGAGGCAUUAGAAACGGUGUACGGGCCUAAUGCAGUUAUCCAUAUAAUGUCCGGGAAGGCUUUUUCGAGAGCGCUGCGUGGACACUUGUUGUUGGGUCUGCUGUAG